CGGCCGGGCGCGCUGCCGGCAGCAUGGCGGGGGAGGCGGGCGGCGCCGCGCUGGGCCGCGCGGCCGACAAGCUCUUCUCGCUCAGCGGGCUCUUCGCCGUCCGCAAGCCCAAGGGACCCACCUCGGCCGCCGUGCUCAACCUGCUCAAGGAGAGGCUGCUGGCAGAAGCUGGUGUGCAAACAAAAGGGAACAAAAGAAAUCAGGUUUUGAAAAUUGGACAUGGAGGAACUUUGGACAGUGCAGCCACAGGAGUUCUGGUGGUUGGUAUUGGAAAAGGAACAAAAAUGCUGGGGACUAUGUUGGCAGGUUCCAAGAAGUACACUGCCAUUGGAAUGCUGGGCAAGGCUACUGAUACAUUAGAUGCUACAGGAAAAGUGACUGAAGAAAAGCCUUAUGACCAGGUAACAAAAGGAGAUCUUGAAAAUGUGCUGCAAAAGUUCACAGGGGACAUCAUGCAAGUUCCCCCACUCUAUUCUGCUUUGAAGAAGGAUGGAGAAAGGCUUUCAACUCUGAUGAAGAGAGGGGAGGCAGUGGAAGCAAAGCCUGCUCGGCCAGUGAGAGUGUACAGCCUUUCUCUCCAGCAGUUCCAGCCACCACUGUUCACGCUGGGUAAAGAUGUUGAAUGUGGUGGUGGCUUUUAUGUCAGGAGCCUGGUCAAUGACAUUGGCAAAGAGCUCUCCACCUGUGCCUCGGUGCAGGAGCUGACGCGCACCAAGCAGGGGCCGUUCACGCUGGAGGAACACGCCCUGCACGAAGACAAGUGGACAAUUGAUGAAAUUGCUCAGUCCUUGGAGCACUGCACAGCCCUGCUCCUGGGAGAGCCAGCUCGGAAAAAAUUGAAGACAGAGCAUCCUGGUGAAACUGCUGUGAUCUGUGAGGAUAAGUGAUAAGUUGGAUCAAGGAAAAAGACUGAAUGAUUGAGAUGUUUUAAGAUUGGAUUGGGAUUGCCUCGCCUCCUGUGUAAAUCUACAAGUCUCUGCUGGGAAGGUGACAAACUGCAACAGAAGAGAAAUGGUUCUUUUGUUUCCUGGGGUUAGAAUGUGCACUGAAAAUAUUCAGUGCUAAAUGUUUCUUGAUUGUUUAUUUUCCUUCUUGCACACUAUAACUGAUGCCAAAUUUUUAUAGACUUUUAAAGAACUUUCGGGGAGCAAGAUGGCCACUGUUGAGAAUUCAUCAAUAAAAAAAUUCUAUACAACAAUGUCUGAUAAA